AUGCCCUAUUUCGAUAUGCGGCAGCGGCCGACCAACAAUCGGACGUACAUUCUCGCUCUCGUCCUCGGCGUCGGCAUCCUAUACUUUCUCUUCACACUCACCUCCAAUUCAUACGACCCCUACCAACUUGUCCGCAAACGAAAAGCGGACGCAGCCGCGCAAAAUCCUCUUUCACCACCCACAUCCGCAUUCCGCAAGCUACGAAACAAUGACCCCUCUGGCAAGCGACGGCCCCCUCCAGUGGUGCACUAUCAGCUUAACAAUUUGAGCGCAUCCGCCAACCCGCUCGCCCACUCCGAGAAGAUCCUCAUCCUGACACCCCUCGCCCGCUUCUACCCCGAAUACUGGGCCAACCUCGUCCGUCUAUCCUACCCACACGAGCACAUUUCCCUCGGCUUUAUCACGCCCAAGACCAAAGACGGAGAUGCCGCCACGGCCGCCCUCAACGAUGCCAUCAAGGCCACGCAGUCCGGGCCUGAACCACAACGCUUCCAGUCCGUGACCAUCCUUCGUCAAGACUUCGAAAUGCCCUUGACCUCCCAAGACGAAGCCGAACGACACAAAAUGCAGAAUCAAAAGCCCCGUCGAGCAGCCAUGUCGCAAGCACGCAACUCGCUGCUGUUUACCACGAUGGGCCCGUCCACCAGCUGGAUCCUCUGGCUCGACAGCGACAUCGUUGAAACACCAACCGAUUUGAUCCAAGACCUCACCUCACACGACAAGGCCAUUAUCGUCCCGAACUGCUUCCAGCGCUUCACCGAAGAAGACGGCACACCUGGUGUUCGACCCUACGACUAUAACUCAUGGCAAGACUCCACCACAGCGAAACGCCUCGCUUCAACUAUGGGCAAGGACGAUAUUCUCCUUGAGGGAUACCAAGAUAUGCCUACCUACCGCACCCUGAUGGCGAUGCUCACCAAGGGCGCAAUUCGAGAGCCGGACAACGAUCCCCGCUCGAUUAUGAGUCUGGACGGGGUGGGCGGGACGGCAUUGAUGGUGAAGGCGGAGGUCCAUCGGGAUGGAGCGAUGUUCCCGCCAUUUCCGUUCUAUAACCUGAUCGAGACGGAAGGGUUUGCGAAGAUGGCGAGUCGGUUGGGGUAUAAGAGUUGGGGAUUGCCGAAUUAUUUCGUGUACCAUUAUAACGAGUAA